GCCGCCAUUUUGGAUUUAAGUGCGGACCGUGGGCUACUGCCGUAGGCCUAUCUCUUAGUUUGGCGCGAGCAACUUGAGAAGACUGUAAAAGAAAGCUGAACGCCGAGAAAAUAGUAUUUACAGAGGUAUUGCAGUGUGCUGUACUGUGAUGGCAGAUAAAGAAGCCGAAAACUUUGAUGAGGCUGCAGAGGAGAGAGUAAUAAAUGAGGAGUACAAAAUAUGGAAGAAAAACACCCCUUUCCUAUAUGACCUUGUUAUGACCCAUGCCUUGGAAUGGCCAAGUUUAACAGCACAGUGGCUUGCAGAUGUAACGAGGCCAGAGGGAAAAGAUUAUUCUCUUCACAGACUGAUUCUUGGAACCCAUACGUCAGAUGAACAGAACCACUUGUUGAUAGCAAGCGUCCAACUUCCCAAUGAUAAUGCUCAGUUCGACGCUUCGCACUAUGACAGUGACAAAGGAGUUAUGAGUAAACAAUUUUUUUCAGAAUUUGGUGGCUUUGGGUCAGUGAGCGGCAAAAUUGAAAUUGAAAUCAAAAUCAACCAUGAAGGAGAAGUGAACAGAGCAAGGUAUAUGCCUCAGAACCCAUGCAUCAUUGCCACGAAGACCCCUUCUAGUGAUGUCCUGGUUUUCGACUACACCAAACACCCUUCCAAGCCAGAUCCAAGUGGAGAAUGCACUCCUGAACUGAGGUUGAAGGGUCACCAAAAGGAAGGGUAUGGAUUGUCCUGGAACCCGAACCUGAAUGGUCACCUCCUUAGUGCUUCAGAUGACCACACUAUUUGUUUAUGGGAUGUGAAUGCCACUCAACGCACAGAGAGAGUUAUCGAUGCCAUGACUAUUUUCACGGGCCACACCUCAGUGGUUGAGGAUGUUGCCUGGCACUUGUUGCAUGAGAGUCUGUUUGGCUCCGUGGCAGAUGAUCAGAAGCUCAUGAUAUGGGAUACACGGUCUAACAAUACGAACAAACCAAGUCACACAGUGGACGCACACACAGCAGAGGUCAACUGCUUGUCUUUUAACCCUUACAGUGAAUACAUCCUUGCCACUGGAUCUGCAGAUAAGACUGUUGCAUUGUGGGAUUUGAGGAACCUCAAGUUAAAACUGCACUCUUUUGAGUCUCACAAGGAUGAGAUUUUCCAGGUCCAGUGGUCCCCCCAUAACGAGACCAUCCUUGCCUCCAGUGGCACAGACAGACGGCUGCAUGUCUGGGAUCUCAGUAAAAUUGGAGAAGAGCAGCUUCCAGAAGAUGCAGAGGAUGGACCUCCUGAGCUUUUGUUUAUCCACGGAGGACACACUGCCAAGAUCUCUGACUUCUCUUGGAACCCUAACGAGCCAUGGGUGAUCUGUUCAGUGUCAGAGGACAACAUCAUGCAAGUCUGGCAGAUGGCGGAGAAUAUCUACAAUGAUGAGGAAGUUGAUCAGCCUGUUGGAGAUUUGGAGCAAGCUACUUCAUAAUUGCCAGCUUGGAUAAAAUUUCACCAGUUUUUCUCUUUAUUUUGCAAAUAAUUUUCAUCUUCAUUUAAACAUUGUCAUCAUCAUCAUCACCAUCCUUUUUAAAGAUCAGAUUGUGUUCAUCAAGAUCUUUGUACAUCAUCACUUGAAAUUGUAUUGAUGUUAUUCUGAUAUUCAUCAUCUUUUUCUGUUCACUGAAUUUCAUCCACCUAUGGGAUCAGUGAUUAUUUAUUUCCCUGACAGUUUGAAAUUGCUUCCAUUAGUAAUAAUAUAAAGCAAUGUACAGUAAUAGCUAGCUGUGUACUAGUACAUAAAUUUGCAAGUUUCAUUCCUUGUGGCAGCACAAAAACCAAGACAUGUACAUGGUCAUGGUUUUGUUUUGUUUUUUUUCCCUCUUGAUGUUAUGAAAUUCAUCCUGUAAUUUUUUUUAAAUCUAAAGAUAUCAAAUUCUAUUUGACCAGAAACACGUCUUAUUGCUACCUAUAUUUGUUUUUCUUUUGUUGUAACUGUUAUUAUAGACCUAGUACUAGUUGCGGGGAAUUUAAUUUCAACUCAUACCAGAAGUGGCAAUCACUGUUCUUUUCGUUGUCGAUUUGUAUCUUUUUAAUUCUUAUUCUUACAGCCAUUGUGACUAAGUUUAUACUCUUGUUGAGGAUGACUAUGUGUUUUACUCUUGUCUCUUGUCCAUCUUCUACCUACUUUUUGUUCUACAACUUUUCCCUCCUUCCGUUGCUUCUGUUUCUUGCUCUUUUUUUUCCGCUCACUAAAUGGCCGUUGAUGUGCCUCUCUUUACUCAAAUUGUCUAUUGUCUUACCUUUUUUUUUGUUUUUGUGCAUGGUGGCACAUUCCUGUCUGUGUUUGAAGCCUAUAUUUUUUGUGUGUGUGUGCUCCACAUAUUGGAAUCCGCCAUGAUACUUUGUUUCUAUUUCCAUAGUUUCACAGUUUUAUUUUUCUGGUUUUUGUCACUUACGGCUUGCAGUUCUAAGGGAUGAAAGUGGUCUUUGUUAAAUAAAAUUGGUGCGGUGUCCUUUUCUUGACGUGGCCAAUGUUACUGAUAAUGGGUUUUACGGUUGCCAUAUAUGAGUCAAUGAGGUUACCCCUGAGAUGUCUACUUCUCAUUCACCUAACACUGUGCUUUCUGCUGGGAGUAUAACACGCACGCACUCAUUUGGUUUGUCAUCCUUUCAUUUGUGUAAAGUUGUGUAUACAUAAUUGUCUCUUUUGCAAGGGGCACAAGAUUAAUAAAACAUUAAAUUACCACCUGUU